AUGAAUUAAUAACAAUUUAUUCAUUCUUCUCGUUUAUCUACAGAGAUUGGAGAUGAGAAAAUGCUUCUGCAUAAAGACAAACUACUUCAAAAGAUAAUAGAACAAGUUCAAUUGUUGAUGUCCAAUACUAAUUAAGUAUUUAUUUUUGUAUUAAUAGUAGGCAAUGGAGGGAGAUUAACAAUUCUAUGAUGGAUUCAAAUAUGGCAUUGCUCAUUAAUAGAUAUGUAGAUAGAAAUAUAAAUUUUAGCUGACAUGAUGUCAUAGGUUUAGAUGAGUUCUAAUAUUGAUCAACCUAGAAGAGUAUUUUCAUAAUAGGUUUUCACUAAAAUGUCUUAGAUACUCAAAAGUUACAGCACUUAAUAACACAAGGUUACCAUAAAAAUCAAUUAACAAUUACACUAUUUAGCAAGAGAUACCAUACGAACAAUUUAAGAGGCUUUUGAAGCUUGUUAGUAAGUUGAUAAAGUUCAAUUAUGUGGUAAAGAUGCCUCCUUUAAAUAAUACGAUAAAUAUAUUAGAUAAUUAGAUUAAUUGGGAUUCUUUUGGGAAUAAUUACAUAGUCUAGAAAAUAGAACCAUUACAAUAAAUAAGGAGACUAUUUCUUCUGAAAUAUCAUAAUAUUUAGAUCAAUGGUUGGAUACUUUAAUAUAGAGAUUUGAUUUUAAAUAGACUUCACAAAGGCUUUAAACACCAUAAUAAAUUAAAUCAAUUUAAGCUUCAAAAGUCUAACCUUAAGUGGAUCAUAGAUUAAGAAAUGCUCAUGAAUUAUUUGCAGGACUUGGCAGAGAGAAAGAUUAAAUAGCAGCUCUUCAAUUAUACACUAAAUUGGCAGAAGAAAAUAAUGCAACAGCUUAAGCAAUUAUGGGAUAAAUAUGUUUAGAAGGGAUAACAGGACCAAAAGAUUAUGAUUAAGUAAAUUUUAAUUAUUAUUUAUGUUAGGCAUUUAGUUAUUUUAAAAAAAGUGCUGAUUAAAGGAAUACAUUCAGUUUAUAUCAUACUUCCAAAUUGGUUUUGGUAUUUAUUAAAUUAAUUAUUAAAAGGAAGGAAAAGUAUAUGAUAAAUUUUCUGAUAAAGAUGAUAAUAAUACAAUAGUAAGUAAGUAUUCAAGUGAAGCAUAUAAUCGAAAUUAUGAUUGUACUUUUGCAUUGACUCUUUUAAAAAGAGCUGCAGAAUUAGAUCAUUUAGAAUCCAUGAUUUAUUUGGGAGAUCUAUAUAGUAAUGGACUUCAAUUAUAGGAUUGUAGAAUUUCAAUAAUAAUUUAUUAGAUACCUUAGAGAAAGAUUAUUCAAAUGCUGAAUUCUAUUACAAAUAAGCUAAAAAUAAGAAUUCUACAUAAGCAAUGCACAAAUUGGCUCUUCUUUAUUAAACAAUGUGUAAAUAACCACUUUAUAAAGUAAAUUAUAUAUUUAUUGAAUUAUAGAAUAGAAGUUAAUUAAUAUAACCACUCUUAAAUCAAGCUAAAAAUCAAGAUUAUUUACCUGCUUUUUAUGAUUUAGGAUUACUACUUUAUUAAGGAUUACAAGAUGAAGUAGAAUAGAAUUAAGUUAUGGCUGAUUUAAUUUUUGAAUAGGGAUGCAUGAAAGGUGAUCUUAAAUGUGCUUAGAAAUUACUUAGUUUAAGAUUUUAAGCAUUAAGAAAAAAUGAAGUUGCAAUUGAUGAUUUCUUCUCUUUACUAGAUCAAAUUGAAGAAAAUAAUAAGGAUUGGACUAUAACUUAUUAUAUGAGAGGAAAAGUUUAUGAAAAGGGUGUUUAAGUGGAGAAAAAUUUAAAGAAGGCACAAGAAUAAUAUAGAUUAGGUUACAUGAAGGGAUGCUAAAAAUGCAGAGCUUAAUUAGAUAAAUAUUAAAAAGAUACUAUUCCAACAGAUAAUAAUCCUACUAAUUCUUAAUAAUCUUCUUUAAAUCAAAGAUAAACAAUUAAUGGAUUCAUAGAAUAAGUAAGAUAAUCUGAAUGGAGAAGACCAUUUUAAAAAUAGAGAUAAGUAUCUAUUGGAAAUGUCUAAUAAAUUUUUAACAAUAUUGAUAAUGAUGUUUAAUCUACAGUGUAUAAGAUUAUUUUGAUUAAUUUUAGUUAAGAUAGAUAUACUAGAAUGACUAUUAGUAUUACUAGACCAAAGAAUCAAACUGAUGAUAGAAAGAGAGGAGUAUCUGCCUCAGAAUUGCCAUUGUAAGAUAUUGGUAGAAGUAUUCUCCUAUCAUAAAUGAAAUCUCCUGAGAAAAUUCAUUAGCAUUCUUAGUUUUGGUCUCCUAGAUUACCAUCUUAAUAAUCUUAAGCUGGAUCAUAAAUUACUAAUUCUACUACCAAAAAAAGAUUCAAUCUCAACAAAAUUCGGUAAAAUAAUUAUCCAAGUAAUCAAUUUGAAAAUGUAGUUAAAUGA